AUGGUGUGGGGAGGCAGCAGCAUGAAUGGGGACCGCUGUGGAGUGCCUGAUGCUGGGAGCCCCAUGCUCCCAUCCUGCUCCCCGCAGAAGACGUGCUCCUGGUUGCUGAGCUGUUGCUUAGCCCUUCAGCACCUGGCUGUACAGGCAUCCUUGCUCUGCAUCUUCCACCUCCUCCUGCUGCCCACCCUGCCUGAGGAGCCGUCCCAUGCCCAGACCACCAGCGAGCUGCUGGCACGCAGCCUCUUUGCCUGCGGCAUCUCCACGGUGCUGCAGACCACCCUGGGCAGCCGGCUGCCACUGGCUCAAAUCCCGUCCUUUGAAUACCUGGUCCCUGCCAUGGUGCUGAGCUCCCAUCUGUCCCUUGGUGCCAGCACAGACCGGAACGGCACAGCUGUGGACAGCGUGUGCCCUGCACCCCACUGCGCUGCUGCAGGAAGCCGGGCUGCCCUGCUGCGAGAGGUGUCUGGAGCUGUGCUGGUCUCUGGGCUGGUUCAGCUGCUUCUGGGAGUGACUGGUGUGUGUGGGUGGGCAGCUCAGUGCUGUGGGCCCAUGGUCCUGGCUCCCAGUCUCUCUGUCAUUGGGCUGUCCACGUACAAGGAGGCUGCUUUCUUUUGCUCUACUAACUGGGGAGUAGCGCUGCUGCUCGUGUUCCUCACUGUCACCUUCUCCCAGCACCUGGGGUCCUGUCGCCUGCCCUUCUGCACCUGGCCCCAGGCUCUGGGGGGCUCCAUAAAGCUGCCUGUCCCCACCCUACGCACAUUCUCGAUACUGCUCCCGUUUGCUGGUGUCUGCAUCAUCUGUGCCAUCCUUAGCCACCUCCACAUUCCUUGGGAAAAAACGCGGCUGUCCUGGACUAACAGCACCUUCCACGCCCCUUGGGUCCGCAUCCCCUAUGCAGGUGAGUGGGGGUGGCCCCUGCUCACCCCCCGG